AUGCAGGCGCUACAGACCAUGAAGAUCUUUGACCGCAAGUGUGGUGUCCUAGACCAUAUCCCAAUUCCCGAUUUAAAGUACGGAGUAGGAUCAUCAAUUCUACACCCGGUCGGUGAGCAGAAUGUUUUUGAUUUAAAAUAUAUUAAAAUACUAUUCGACAUAUGGAGAUGGAGAGAGAGAGAGAGAGAGAGAGAGAGAGUGAAAAGAAACGAGGAACACUGUAAAAGAAGCCAAGAUACACCUCUUGGCGCUACUCAGUCAUGCUUGAUUAAUAAAGAAUGCGCAAAAACGUAUGGAAGCCGCAUGCAACCUCCGAGGCUGCAGCUACGUCACGGAGGCCACAUGCGAUCUCAAGUCUCCUACUUCUACCAUAGACGGCAGUGGACUGAUGAACAGAGUGGGGUGGCCGAACGGGCUAACGUGUGAGCACAGCACCACCGUCGCCCGGCAACCUGAUCUAUGAGACAAAGGAUUUAAAGUAGUCAAGAGUUCUUGGUCGCGGUGGCGGGGGAGUCUUUUAAAUCUCCGCCCACACCCUCUGGCCUGGAAAACUCUCAUAUAGCCUUAAAGGCAAGGAAGGAGAGGACACAAAAAAAACAACAACAAUAAAAAAGGAGAUAGGAGAAACCGACUAAAGAUUUUUAGAAGAGGAUAUCCUCAUUUACAAAUAUCAAUUUUUAAAAUUAAAAUUGGAUCAAGCCUUACUAAAAAUAUCAAAUUUGUGUAGUGUGAAUUCGUGACAAUAUAUAAUUAAAUAAACUUUAAACUAUCAUUUAAUGUAAUGAAAGGAAAAAUGAUAACUUUAAAAAAUUUGGAAAAUGAAACUUUUUAAAAAUAAAAUAUAACAAAUGUUUUGCAUAACUAUGAC